AUGCUUUCCCUGGCCUUUACUUAUUUUCGCCAUCUCUUUGCAGGGUCAGCAUGCGACGGUGGGGCCACCGGCAUCAGAGAGCGGCUGAUGAAGAAUUUGGGGGAGUUUUGUUCAGUGGCCACACUAAAUGAACUGCAAGCUUUUUACCCAGAUCUUGAUGGAAUGGGGAGCCUGGCUUCCCUCAGCCCAGCCCAAGCCGCUGACCUGACUCUAGUGGCCCACAUGAUGCACAACUCUACACUUUCCAGCCUGGCUCUUGCGCUGGCCAAAGGUUUCGAGGGAUACGACUUUGUCCGAGAAUAUUUGUCCAGGAUCGGAGGACAAGCCUGCCAGAGCAGCUUGUUGGCUGAAAUUCUGUCUAAGUGCAAGGGACCGUCUCCUUUGGCUGCCCUGGUCCCCGAAACGCAGCAAAAGAUCUUGGACAGCGUAAUUUUCUUCCUCAAGAAAGAAGGAAACUCAAUGGACUCCUCUCAGUGGACUGAAGUCUACCAACUUCUGCUGUCCGGCUUUUUGCCAGCGAUUGGCAUGUCCCACAUUCCCAAUGAGACCUGCGAAAUCUUCUGUGACAGGAUGAAGGAGAUCACAACUCUUCACCCCAUUCUUAGUCAAAGGCAGGAGGAACUUCCUGAGGUCAAAAGACUUUGUCUUCUGGGUGAUCCUCGAUCCAAUCUCACAGCAGGUAACAUCUACCAGCCCCAUCUCUAUGGGAAUGUGAGCAUCCUGGAAAAGUCCCAAGGCUCCCCACAGCACAUGCCGCAACUCAUGGUCACAACUCAAGAAACAUCUCUAGAUGUUCUUCAAGUCAUUGGACAGGAGGCAUCACAAUGCUUUUCUCCAGAGGCACAAGCCAUGUGUCUUGAAGUGCCACAAGCCAUCUCUCUGGAGCUGUGA